CUUGCCUAUAUUGAAUGGUUCACCCCAUUCCGUUCACAAGAUCAUGACCUUCAUCUCUUCUCUGUGUCCCGCAGUACAAGGAAUGGUCGACCAAAUGCUCAAAUCAUUCCCUUGGAUGACAUCUUCCGCAGUUGUCAUUUAAUUCCUAAAUUUGGUACUUCAGUGAGUCCGGAGUGGUCAUCUGAGAAUGUACUAGAG